CGCCCCGCCCCUUUUGUAAGCGGAAGCCACGCCUUCUUUUUUUUACAACAUCAUGGCUCCUGCGGCGGACAGGCAGGGUUACUGGGGUACUCCGACUUCAACGUUGGAUUGGUGCGAAGAGAAUUAUGUCGUCUCGUUUUACAUCGCGGAGUUCUGGAACACGGUCAGUAACCUGAUAAUGAUCCUUCCUCCCAUCUAUGGGGCGUUACAAACCUUUAAAAGCGGACUGGAGGUCCGCUACGCCUUGUCCUUUAUAGGACUCGCGGCUGUUGGUGUCGGUUCUUGGUGCUUCCACAUGACCCUACAGUAUGAAAUGCAGUUGCUAGAUGAGCUGCCGAUGAUUUAUAGCUGCUGCAUCUUCGUUUACUGUUUAUAUGAAUGCUUUAAGCAAAAAGAUGGAGUUAACUAUUUGCCAAUUGCACUCCUCCUCUUCUUCAGUAUUAUGGUCACCGUGGUGUAUCUGCAGUGGAAGGAGCCGAUAUUUCAUCAGGUCAUGUACGCAUUUCUGGUGGCUUUCUUAGUGUUUCGCUCUAUUUUCAUAGUCACAUGGGUGUAUCCAUGGCUGAGAUCGCUGUGCUACACGUCGUUAUCGGUCUUCCUGUUGGGAUUUGUUUUAUGGAACAUCGAUAAUAUAUUCUGUGACACUUUAAGAGAAACGCGACGGAGGCUGCCGCCUGUAGUGGGAGCCGUGACGCAGCUCCACGCAUGGUGGCACAUUCUGACAGGACUCGGCUCCUACCUGCACAUAUUCCUCAGCCUCCAGAUUCGGACAACCUACCUCAAGUACAGACCGAAAGUAAAGUUCCUGUUUGGCGUUUGGCCCGUGCUGCACGUCGAAUCCCAGAAGACGAAUUGAAGUUGAGGUGAGGGGACAAACACGGCAGCGGAUCUCAGAGAUCAGACGCCGCGGAACCCGGCUGCUCGUCUCCAGCCCUGUCGGGGAACCGAGCAGCAGCUGGACGUAACCACAGUCCUCUAGUUCAGUGUGCUGAGUGUAGUUUGGAGAGACUUUCCCUGCUAUGGAAAGGCCUCCGUUUGCGUUGGUUGAUCACUGAUUUGAUCAGAGCUUUGUCGGAAGGAGACGGCACGCACACUUUAUUUAUGCACACCGCUGACAUACUCUAUCACACGGUCUCACGAGAAACUACGAAUCCGACGUUCACACUAACAAGCGACAAAACAGUAAUGCUUGUCACAUAUAAAUCAUAUAGUCUAUUAUUUUAGCGUCCGUCCUCUUCCACAGGACGUGUCGCUUGCUAGUGUGAACUCAGUGAGCAGUGGAUGGAGAUGUCUGCGGGUUAUUUUAUUUCCCUUUCUUUUUUUUUUUUUUUUUUUUUACAUUUAUCUACCUAGGAAUGCUGUCGAUUUAUGCUGUCGAAUACUUGAUAUCGAUUGAUCCUGAGAACCAUUAAUAAUCAUGAAUCAUAUAUAUUUCAGCUCUACGGCGUAAUCAUGUUAUUGUCAUGUGUUAUUAUCACAAAUCACGUUUUGCUUCGUGGUCGAUCUCGUGCUCUGUGACUGAUUUUAGUUUAAGCAUUAUAGAAGGGGAAAAUUAGAUUAGGGACAGAUUCAUGGUAGUAAUAUGGAAAAAAUGUCAAUACGGAAAUCAACUGGAAUUGAUUUUAUUUUAUUUAUUUUUUUUAUAUAAUUUAUUAUUAAUAUUUUUUUUUAAACCAUUUUCUGUUGGGUACUGGUGCCACAUCUUUGAAGGAAUUGACUGAAGGAAUUAAUUUCACAUCGUGCUACUUUUUCAGAAAUACUGUAAGCUACUUCGGUAGUGUUUACUUAACGAAUCUAAGCGCUUUAUUUUAUUUCUAAUAUUUUUUAUUAGGGAUGCGUCGAUAUAUCGGUAUCUGUAUGGGGAAUCGUUCUCGCUUGUUAACACGGUGCUUGCUGCAGUUGUUUAAACACCAUCAUAUCUUUAUCUCAGCUUGAGUUGGUUUCAAGCAGCAGACAGCGGCACACAACAUAAACACGGCUGAAUAAAACGUCCCACGACUCGUCUGAUUGAAUACGGAGCAGGUAAACUGGUCAAUCAGAGCAGGAAGGAAAAAAAACCCCAUACAUCCCUAAUUUCAGCCUGUAAUGUUUUUGUUUAUGACUGUGGUCAAAUUUCUGUUGUUAUUUCUGAUUUAUGAGCCUUGUCCUCCUUGUGAAACAUUUAAUGAUGCACAGAUAUCUAGUGACGUGUAAUUGCUGUGGGAGAAAAAAACAGACUGAUUAAGUAAUAGAUUUAUUUCUUUGUUAGACACUGAGGAGAAAAUAAUACUAAUUUAAGUCGAAGUCCUUAGGAAUCCAGUUACGUCCAUUGUCACUUCUCUCUCUCUUUCUCUCUCUCUCUCUUGCUCACACGCACUCUUUCUUGUUCACUCUCUUUUGCUCUCGCUUGGUCUCUUUUUCACUCUCUCCUGUGCUUUCUCUCUCUUGUGGUCUCUCUUGUGAUCACUCUCUCGCUUGCUCUCUUUCUCACUCUCUCUUGUGCUCUUUCUCUCUCUCUCACUCACUCUCUCUCUCUCUCGCUCUCUCUUGACCAAACAUCAGCUGCACAGAAAGGGAGUCUUACUUCAUCUCACGUUCCAGAUUAGUACAGAGCUUCAGAAAGCACAGACUGUACGGCGCUUCUUUGUACACCAGACUCCUAUCUUACCUCCUGCCGAAGUCGUGUUCAGUUACUUGUACCUCCGGUGUGAAUCGUCUGAAAUUGUGAGAUAUACAUAUAUAAAUGUGCGAUGUCAAAUUUUUUUUUUGUAUUUGUACAGUGAAUGUUGUUACCACAGUGUGUCACUAUAUAAAGCUGCAGUGUAACAUAGAACAUAUUUAAUACACGUAUAUGUAUUCCACCUGAAUUGCUUUGGUUAGAGCGGACCUGCUGAUAUCAAGGGUGCCUUAGAUUUAGUCCUAGUGUUAUAUUACAACCAGGACUUUGUUACAACAUUUAUGCACACAACUUUGACUUUGUCUCUUUAUGUGUCAAAUGUUAGUUUCCAUAUGUGUAAAUCUCAUCCUCCUGGUGGCAAAGGCAAAGAAAAAGAGCAAACAAGUCAUUUCUGCCAAAUACCGUUCCUGUGCCAUCAUGUGACAAGACUGACUGACCACCUGAUCUCCUGUAAAAUCACUGAAUGUAUCGUGACAAAACCACAACACAUGUUCCUGUCUGGAAACAUUAUGUAUUUCCUUCAACUGCUAAAAUGUUGAGUCAUUUCAGAACGAUGUCAUUAAAGUCGGUGUAGUUGGAAUGAUACGGUGAGACUUUCCAUUCUUUUUCAUUCUUUGUCAGUCAAAGCCACCGAUCUCACAAUUUUCCCUCAUUCUGAUAUGAUAUGUAUCUUAACUGAAAGUCAUCACCCGUAUCGAUCUGUAGGAUUUUAUGGGCUACCUGAUUGUCUCAGAAAUAAAUAAUAAAUACAGCAGUUAAACUCUGCGUUGAAUUAGUAAUCAGUAGAGAUUGCUAAGUCUACAGUA